AUGUCGAACUCGGGAGCGUGGGGCGAGGCGCCGCCCGGCGUGAACCUGGCGGAAAAUCAGAACGGGGAUAUUAUCGGCUCAGUCGUCGGCAUCAUGGUCCUCGGGCUCAGCUCCGUCGUUUUGCGGCUUUUUACACGGCUGAUAAACAAGGGGCCGGGUCUGGCUGCCGACGACUAUGUUAUUCUUUUUGCAGCGGUUAUGGGCAUUGGAACGGCGGUGUGUUGCCUCAUCAGUGUUCCCUGGGGUGGCGGAAAGCAUCUUUGGGUGGUCACCCAUGAGGAGUUCACCAAGCUGUACCAAACCACCUACGCCUUCGUCAUCGUUUACAUCACCUGCAUCUCGGCGACCAAAGUCUCCAUCUUGCUAUUUUACCGCCGUGUGUUUGGGACAAACGUGAUUUGGUACAUCGUCUUUGGCUUCACCUGUGCCCAUUGGGCAGAAGUGACCAUCACAUGGCUCGCAGGGUGCAGGCCCAUCGACUACUACUGGCGUCAGUAUACCGACCCAACGGCCACGGGAUCAUGUAUCGACGCACCGUUGUUUUACUUUUGCAACGGCAUCAUCGGAUUGGUGAUUGAUGUGGCCAUUCUUUUGGUGCCGAUUCCCACAGGUAUGUUCCCAUUGUUUCCACUCGCCCGUUUGGAAGCUCAACAUGCCCACCACCAAAAAGGUGUUUGUAGGCGGAAUCCUUCUCCUCGGCGGCUUGUGCGUGAAUUUCUGUCUUCACCCCCUCCCCAUGCCCCUGUUCCGGCCACCCUUCGGUAUCCUGUGUGCGUGGCCUCGGCCAUCCGAAUCGUCAUGAUGGACCAGCUCGUCAAGUCCCCAGACUUCACGUGGGCCAUGUCCAAAGUCUUCAUCUGGUCCUGCUGCGAGCCAUUCAUCGGCAUUGUCUGCGCUUGCCUCCCCACCUAUGCACCCUUGGUCAGACGCUGGUGGAAGGGUGAGCUGUCGGGAUACCCGGACACGCCCAAAGUGUACAUGUCGGAUAAGCCCAGUCCGUCCAAGGCUGGCCACAAGAUCAGCGGUAGGAAGCACCACGGGGGGCUGGAUGCAACUCUGCGAGGGGACGACGAAAUCGAGCUGACGGUGGACAUCUCGGGCGAGCCGGGGCAUCAUCUACCGGGACACCAGCGACAGGGUGACUCGAGAGACUCGUCAAAGACCUGUGUAAACGGGAAGGGCAGUCCAGAGGACUCAUAUCAGAAUGAGAUCAUGGUGAGGAAGGAUUUUUCAUGGAGCAGCAGUGUCUAA